UCCUCGCCUGUUUCUAAUUCACCUUUACCCUUGCUGCCUCCUCUUGGUGCCCUACCUCCCCGCCACACCCCUCCCCCUCUCCCACCUCGCCAAACUCACACCUACCAGUGCACACAACACAAACAUGCCCCCGUCGCUCCCUCUCGCGCACCUGCUGGCAUCCACCGGCCCUGCCGAUUUCUCCGGGAGGCGACAGCUUUCCGACGUCUCUACUGCGAUAGCCAAGGCCAAGAAGGUCAUCGUCGUCAGUGGCGCUGGUAUCAGCUGCUCCAGUGGUAUCCCGGACUUUCGAUCGGAAGGCGGCCUCUACAGCCUAGUCAAAGAAAAGUAUCCUGACGCAUUCUUUACCGGAAAAGACCUCUUCUCUGCUGGGACGUUUUCGAAUCCCGUCACCACAGCCAUCUUUUACACCUUUAUCGCAGAGCUCUCCCGCUCGUGCAAUCAGGCCAAACCGACGCGUACCCACCGCUUCAUCGAGACUCUACACGAGAAGAAGAAGCUGCUGAGAUCGUACACGCAGAAUGUGGAUGGUCUGGAACGGAGGAUGGGCUUGGAGAGCGGCGGAAGAGGAAGGGGGCUGAAAAAGCUGGGCACAAAGAAUGUGGAGCUGCACGGCGAUCUUGGACGGGUGAGAUGUGUGCUGUGUUUCAGCGACUAUGAAGCUACGCCCGAGUAUAUGGAGAUGUUUAGAGAAGGGGAGGCUCCCGAGUGUCCAUCCUGUUCGGAAAGAUGCGAAUCAAGGAUCAAUCGGUCGGCAAGAGCAACUGCCGUUGGCACCCUUCGCCCUUCCAUCGUGCUAUAUGACGAGCCCCACCCUCUGGGCGAUGACAUUGGCUCAUUGGCUGCCUAUGACGCCGCGCGCUCCCCGGAUGUUCUGCUCAUCAUGGGCACCUCGCUCAAAGUACACGGGCUGAAGCGCCUGGUGAAAGAAUUCGCCAAGGCGGUCCAUGGGGGUAAGAAGCCCGGACUGGUCGUUUUCGUCAAUGCGACUGCGCCGAGUAAAGAGUGGGAAGGCAUCAUCGAUGUGCAUAUAGAAGGAGAGACGGAUAUGUGGGUCGAAAGAGUGGAAGAGGAAUGGAGGAGCAUCAGGCCCGGAGACUGGUUGUCCCAGACUCUUCUUGAUAAAGAAAACUUUUCGGCCAAGAAGCCCCAGCCAAAGGGCAAGAAAGAACUGUCAAAUCGAGACAUCAACAGACUUCCCACCCCCCCUUCCUCACCUACACAGUCUUCCUACCCUACAUCGUCCCAAGACUCGUGCAGUGCAGUGUCAGACAUCUUUGGCUCACAGUCCUCUCAAGCACUCCCGAGUUCACAGGCGAGUCAGGCUACAGAAGUAGAAGAUGCUGUCGAAGCAAAGUCUGCUCCUCCCACACCUCUCUCACCUUCAAAGCGUCGCCCCAAGUCGCAGGCUAGCCCCAACAAGAAAAGCAAGGGUGGGAUCGACGACCUGGCAGAUGUUUUGGGGACGCCAAGCCGCAAGAAGCCGUUCCAGGACGACAAAGCGGCGCCUCCCCCGUAUACAUCCGCUGAUGAGGAUGUGUUUGGGACGUCACCUGAAAAGAAGACUGCGAUCGAGGGUGUGCAGAAGGGCAAGGCGACCCGGACGCGUGGGAAGGGAGGGGGAGAAAAGGAGAAUGUGCCGGUGAAUACAGUCAAGGUGCGCAAGACGCGGGCACAGGUGGCUGCGAGUGCAGCUCUGGAUAGAGGGGUGCCGAACCCCCCCUCCCCGAAUCCCACCACCAUCUCCCUCACCUCCACCACCGCUUCCUCCUCCCAGCCCGUCCCCCCCUCCUUCGCCGCCAGCGUCACUCACCCGGCCGAGAUAGGCUUAGGCCUCCUCCAUGGCGAGGAGCAGCUCAAAAACGCCCUCCAGUCCAAGGAUAGGAUGUUUGUCCUUGUGCUCGCAAAAGAGCUCGAGGCAUUCAUCGCCCGUGUAGCGAAUGGGGCGCUCACAGCAUCAUCGGCAUCCGGGGGGUUGGCAGCGACGACCAGCACCUUGGCCGCACUGGGUCCUUCGGCGCCCUUGAACGUCACCCCUAGCAGCAAGUUUCAACGGAUGCUCGUGUACAAGUCAGCAGAGUGGUACGGGAUCAAGGCAGUACCGGGGCCAGAUGGUUCCAUGAUCAUAGGCGUUCUGGGCACUUUCAAUGACAAGAGCACAUCACUGAGACUAUCGGAUCUUGUCCCAGCAGCUCCAUCCCCAGCCCAAAAGUUUCGCAUCAUGCAGCGCACACCCGCUUCCUCCCAGAACGCCUCUGCUGAGGGCUCAUCGUCGUCGUCCCUGUCCGACACAGCGGCGUCAAACAAGCUCAAGACAUUGGAGGAACGCGAGGCCGCCUAUGCUGUUGCGAGAGAGAAGAUCUAUGGCAAAGCUGGUGAUACGGAGGAAUCGUCUGCGCCCCAAGCCGACGAGCCAGAGGUUUCAGCCAAUCGAGCUGCGGCCGCCUUGGAAGAUGAUAUCGAUCCUGUCCCUAGACGCCGAUAUGGCGCUUCCAGUGCCCCCUACGAGGUGAUCUACGCAUCUCUCUACCACCCCUCUUCCGGCAAUCACACCCCCUCACCUGCACCAAAUAUGCCAGACCAGUAUGGACAGCAGCAGCCAAGGGUGGACCCGAUGUACGGUUAUCAGCCAGCCAACAUGGGUUACGCUCCAUACCCGCAAAUGGACAUGAAUGGGCAUUCUGCCGGGGCAGGCUAUCAUCAGGGUACGCAGACGGCUCAUGGGUAUGGCGGAUACUCGGAUGGCCAGUAUCCAGCACCACAACAACCUUAUAUGGUGCCCGCAUGGCAAUCAUCAGCAGGGUAUCCUCAGCCUGUGAAUGAUCAGCAACAGCAGCAACCAUAUGGGAUGGUACAGGGCCAGGGUGGUCAGUGGUAUCAGCCUACAGUCAAUCAACCCAUGCCGGCCAUACAGCAAGGCAUACCGUAUGCUGGCCCUACCUACGGCUACAGUCAGCCGCCCCAACAACCUUCGCAAACCUAUUCAAAUCAGCAGCAAAGACCAGCAGCCAUGCCGCCACAAGGCCAGAGUCCUUACUCGCACCUAGUGCAGCCCACCCCACAGCGCCCGCAUCCGCAUCCCCACAGCAGCGCUUCUUCUUCCAUCUCUUCUCGGUCAUACCAGUCACAGUCGUAUCCCGAAAGCUCACGGCCCCACUCCAGGGGGUCAAAUACGAGCAAUAGAAGUGCGGCGAGUAGUGUGAGGCUGGGAGCAAUGUAUCCUGCCGGACAAGCACCUGGAGGAGGUAUGGGAGGCGGAUACAGGCAGAAAGGUAUGAAGCAGCAGGGAGGAUUGAACGGAAUGACCAGUCUCGUAUUGAACGAAGGAAAGAGGGGAAGAGGGCACAGCCCUUCUUCCACAACGACGGCUUCCUCUUCUCAUUCCUCUCGUCGAACAUCGUCGAUCAAUGUCCCACCUCCUAGCCAACAUCAGCUCCCACAGCGACCCGACUGGGCGGCCAACAAUGUGCCAUAUCACCCAUCGCCCAUGGUGACGCCUCCCAACUUGGCUGCGUCAGUGGCUGCUCCAGGGAUGCACGGUGGUAUGGGAUUGGUGUCCGGGCAAGGGCCCAGUGCAUCAGAGUUUCCUCCCUUGCUAAGGAGCGGCACUGCCGCUGAGCCCAUGCAGGUGGAGAGAGCUAAAAUGAGGCCUAUAACUAAGCCAACAGUCUGGGGAGCGGGCGCGACUGCUGGUGGAAUAGGAAGCCCUCAAAUGGCUCCCCAUGUGCCCAGUCAUGUCGCCAUCCUCUCUGCCCCCCGCGCACAAUCUCAACCCCCUCUCCACCAUCACGCUCCCCCAACGGCAAAGGAAGAAGACCCCGAUUUCCCUCGGCGGGUACCUGCCAAAGCUGCGCCGACGCUGUAUGACCCUUCGGCGCCUUCGGGCUCCCUCAUUUCCGGUGGAUCUCGCCCACCGUCGGUUAAUGCGAACCCCGGAACGCCGACAUCAGCUAGGUCAAUGACGAGUGGUGCAGGAUUGUCGCCGGAGGAAGUUAUAGAAGCCAAGCUGGCGGCGGUGUCGAUCAGCGCAGGGGUCAGUAUUGGCCCGCCGCCCAGCAGGCAGAAUCAGGCGGCGAGUUAUGCCAAGAUUGCUCGGCGGGAAUAGACGUGUUUGUGGGAACGAGAGAACCGAGUCACCUUGUAUAGUCCAUGGAUUGUUGGUAGUCAAAACAAGGCAGUAUUUGAAUUUCGGGAGUUUUCGGAAAAUCUUGCAUUGCAUGCUUGGAGCAUUGUGGAGAUAGUCGUGUAUGCAAACGCGUAUAUAGUGCAUACUUCACUGUUGGUCGUCCUGGAGAGCUAGGAUUUAGCUGAUAGUUUCCAGCGAAUGCUCAUGCAGACUAUAGGUUGUCAGCCUUCUUGAAGUUGAUAUGAGCGACCUUGG